AUGGCAUACAUCGCCCCCAUCCACCGCCCGAGCAGCGUCAGGCAUGCGCUGAAGCUCAACUUCCUCGCUGCCGACGAGGACUGCCUCGUGGUCGCCAAGUCCAACCGCCUCGAGUUCUACACACAAGAGGCCGAUGGUCUGGCCCUGAAGCACUCAAAAGCCAUCUAUGGCAAAGUCACCAUGCUCCAGAAGCUGCGCCCAGCACUAUCGCCCACCGACCACCUCUUUGUAGGCACCGACCGCUUCAUGUACUUCACACUGUCGUGGAACGCCGAUAAGAAACAGCUCCAGACGGAGAAGUCGUUUGCCAGCGUUGCCGACAAUGCUGCACGCGAGUCGCAGACAGGCGAGAGAUGUCACAUCGACCCCACAGGACGCUUCAUGACAGUCGAGGUGUACGAGGGCAUCAUCACCGUCAUUCCACUGGUGCAGAGGGGGAAGAAGAGGAAGCAGGAAGCCGACAUUGCUCAUCUGGGCGAUCCCCAGCCCGUCCGAUUGCCCGAGAUGUUUGUCCGCUCAUCGGCUUUCCUCCACCCACGGUCCUCGGACGAUAAGCCCAAGAUGGCUCUGCUCUACGAAGACACGCAUUCGCAAGUCAAGCUGAGGCUGAGAGAACUGACGUACGCUGGCGAUGAAGUCGAUUUGCAAGAGGGGGAAAUCUGCAAGAGCGAGCUGGAACUGGGGUCGAGCCAUUUAAUUCCCGUCGAAGAACCUUCUCAUGGCCUGGUAGUCAUCGGGGAGACAUCCAUCGGAUAUUACGAUGACGAGACGGGAGAAGUGCAGACAGAGCCACUUGACGAAGCGACUAUCUUUGUAGCCUGGGAACGAAUCGAUGCCCAGCGCUUUGUCCUUGCCGACGAUUACGGCCGCCUGUACAUGUUCAUGCUGGUCUUGGACUCGCAGGGAAAAGUACAGUCGUGGAAGCUUGAUGUCAUUGGCCAGACAUCCCGAGCAUCGACCUUGGUGUACCUAGACGCAGGCUAUGUCUUUGUGGGCUCACACCAGGGCGACUCGCAGGUCAUCCGGAUUGCCGAAAAAUCAAUGGAGACUGUCCAGACAUUUUCCAAUAUCGCGCCCAUUCUAGACUUUACUAUAAUGGACAUGGGCAACAGAUCGGGCGAGGGACAGACCAACGAAUACUCUUCUGGCCAAGCACGGAUAGUAACCGGUAGCGGCGCGCACCAGGACGGUAGUCUUCGAAGCGUUAGGAGUGGAGUCGGAUUGGAGGAUCUGGGCGUGCUGGGCGAGAUGGAACACAUAUCUGGGCUUUUCAGCUUGAAGUCGACCGCUUCUGCCCAGUAUGCAGACACACUACUGGUGAGCUUUGUAGGCGAGUCGCGCGUCUUCCGGUUCGAUCCUCAGGGCGAGGUAGAGGAAGUCGAAUUUGCUUCGCUUGCUCUCGAUGAGAUGACACUGGCUGCGGCGAAUAUUCCACAAGGGCGCGUCGUCCAAGUCACCAACGCAAGAGUACGAAUCUGCGAGUUGGACGGCGGUAUGAUGAUGUCAGAAUGGACGCCGGCGGAUGGCAAGACCAUCACUGCUGCGUCAGUCAACGACACUCAUGUUCUUGUAUCAUUGGGUGGUGUCACCAUAGUCUCUCUGAGCAUGGCCGAUGGCCUGCAGGUGGCCAAGGAGAAGACAUUUGGUGCUGAAAGCCAGGUCGCCUGCGUCACCCUACCCUCCGGAACCAGCCCUACGUGCUUCGUUGGCUUCUGGAGCAAUUCACAACUCGCCAUAUGCUCACUUGAUACUCUCGAGACAGUCAAAACCGUUCAGAUAUCCGAAGACUCGGUCCCCCGCUCAUUGCUACUUACGCAGAUAUUUCCCGAGCAACCGCCAUCACUUUUUGUUGCUUUGGCUGACGGAAACGUUGUCACAUAUACUUUCGACCCUUCGAGCUACGAGCUAUCCGGACGGAAGAGCAUCGUACUUGGAACGCGCGAAGCCACCUUCCGCGCUCUCCCGCGAGGUGAUGGUCUCUACAACGUCUUUGCGACUUGUGAACACCCCUCUCUGAUUUACGCAUCAGAAGGCCGCCUCGUGUAUUCUGCCGUCACAGCUGAAAAAGCAACAACAGUUUGUCCGUUUGAUUCAGAAGCAUAUCCCGGCUCCGUCGCCAUCGCCACAUCUGAAGAUCUCCGCAUCGCACUUGUAGACACGGAAAGAACCACACAUGUGCAGACGCUGAAGGUGGACGAGACAGUGCGGCGGAUAGCUUACUCUCCAAACCUGAAAGCGUUUGGACUCGGCACCAUCAAGCGCAUCCUCAAGCACGGAGAGGAAAUUAUGCUGAGUCACUUCAAGCUUGUCGACGAAAUACAAUUCAAAGAACUCGACACAUACGCCCUAAACGAAGAAGAGCUCGUCGAAUGCGUUAUGCGGUGCGAGUUACCAGAUGGCUCUGGUGGCCUAGCAGAGCGCUUUGUCGUCGGCACUGCAUAUCUUGAUGACCAGAACACCACCUCAGAACGAGGUCGUAUACUCGUUCUCGAAGUCACGGCAGAGCGCAUGCUCAAGCUUGUUACCGAGAUUGCUGUAAAAGGCGGUUGCAGGUGCCUAGCUAUAUGCCAGGGCAAGAUUGUCGCUGCGCUAAUCAAGACGGUCGUGGUGUAUGAUGUCGAGUACCGAACCCCCAGCACACCAGAUCUCGUCAAACUAGCAUCCUUCCGAUGCUCAACAGCCCCGAUAGACAUCACAGUCAAUGGUUCCUUGAUCGCGAUAGCAGAUCUCAUGAAAUCGCUCGUCAUCGUGGAAUACACAAAGGGCGAGAUUGGCCUACCCGACAAGCUUGUGGAAGUUGCAAGACACUACCAGAUUACCUGGGCGACGGCAGUAGCUGAAGUAGACACAAACAUGUACCUCGAAAGUGACGCAGAGGGCAAUCUCAUUGUUCUCUACCGCGACCCCAACGGCGUCACAGACGACGACAAGAGGCGGCUGCACAUUAGCUCCGAGAUGCUCCUUGGCGAGAUGGUCAACAGAAUACGCAGGAUAGACGUCUUGACAGCUGCAGAUGCAGUCAUUCUACCAAAGGCGUUUGUCGGCACCGUCGAAGGCUCCAUCUACCUCUUUGGCCUCAUAUCGCCCAGCCACCAAAACCUGCUUAUGACGCUGCAGUCCAAUCUCGGUGCUCUCGUCGGCGCCCCAGGCGACAUGCAAUUUGCCAAGUUCCGGGCGUUCAAAAACUCGGUCCGCGAGGAAGAUGAGCCCAUGCGUUUUGUAGACGGCGAGCUGAUUGAGCGCUUCUUGGAUGUCAGUGAUGAUGUGCAAAGGGAGGCUAUUGAAGGGUUAGGUAUUGAACUUGAAGAGGCGAGGGCGUUGGUCGAGGCGCUGAGACGCUUGCAUUAAGCAGAUAGAGUAGAGCCGUCAAGUCGUAUACAUGUAGUAUGAAUGCAGCACGAGAAGACGAGAUAAGACAAGGAAAAGAGCAAAGCGUGGCCAACCAUUCAAGGGGGAGCAUUGUAUGUAUUCAUUCGUCUAAUAGACACCACCAC